GGAUCAUUGGUAGUUGCGUUCGUGUACAAGGAUCUGCAUGACCUACUUCUGACAGAUCAAGCUAUCAGGAGUGAAACAGACAACAAAAGGUGAUGCUAUUUUCCUAUUUUUGUAUGUCGCUUUCCAUGGAAAUACGUAACACGGAAACACAUAAGAUCUACGUUCAACUAACCUGAACUUAGACACUUUCCAAAACCUUAACUGGAGUUGGAAGUUUCCCUGCCUGUCUCAGACCAUUCCACCUUCAUGAAAAAUUCGCUUCAAUCUGUCAAAGGUACACGAUGUUACUUCUUUGGCUCUGAUUUAUUUUUAAAUAAAUUUCCUUCAUAGUUAUAUCAACUCCAAGAUAAUGGCCAUAGCUAUGGACCCCAAGCCAAACAAGUUGCGAGUAAAUGUCAUCCUAAAGUUCGAAAAUCUGAAGGUAAAAUUAAAAUAAGUUGUUAUGCAAUGUUUUGAUUUAUUUUGACAUGAUAAAAUCUAUUUUCAGGUUUCGACAGCAGAGAAGCGCUGUAUGUUUUGGAGUGGCUUUAACACAAGGUAAAAAACUGCAAUAUAUUAUUGUAUAGUAUUUAUUCAUUGUUCAGGUUAACAAUUUCCUGGAAGCUAAGAUGUUGUCUUUUUUCGUAAAGUCCGACUAAAAUGUUCUCCCAACUAAGACACUACAACUAUAACGUAAAAUUACCGAACAUCACGUCUUCCCCAAACAGUGUUUUAUUUUGUGCGCUUUGUUAACUUUACUUUUUUUUUUAGGUCAGAAGGCUUUUCAGAGGAAGGAUGCCAUGUAGUUUCAUUAAAAAGCAACUCAGAAGAAACAGUUUGCAGCUGCAAUCAUUUGACGCAUUUUGUCGUCUUAAUGAACUACGACGGUAACACAAAGGUAAUCAAAAGCCAAAAUAAUUUAACUAACAUUUAACUAACUCAAUGUUCUAAUUUGAAUUUUUUCUUUUUGACACAGCUCGCCGAAGAGGACGAAACAGCUCUGAAAAUUAUCACCCACGUCGGACUAAGCCUUUCCAUCGUCGGGAUCCUUUUAACAUUAAUACUUUAUUCUUGCCUCACGUAAGUAAUGUACCUGAAUAUCAGUGGGUAGAUUGAUUCCCUCAACUAUGCUAGAGAGAAAAGAGAUCUCAGUGCAAAUCUCCAUGCCAAUAAAAACACGCAUGUCGGGUAACUCAAAAAUUCAAAUUACAUUCCAUGCCCCAUAAAGAACGCUUGAACAACUCAUAGUUUCAUUGUUUAUGAAUUGCUUAUGGUUUAGUCAUUUCCCCCGUGAUACUUUCUUUUUUUGUACUUUCUGGAGCUAUUUACUGAGUUUUUUUCUUUCAUUUGCUGUCAGAAUUUUACUUGAUUUCUUUGGCCAUAUUUUACUGUACCAUAUAAUUAAUUCAAUUCUCUUCUUUUUUGUGCUUAGUGUCUUUAGUGUGUUGUUGUUAUUGUUGUUGUUGCUUUUCUCUAAUUCACUAUUUUUAUUUUUACUAUUAUUACUACUUUUUUUUUACUAUUUCAUCAGAGAUGUUGGUCAACCUCUCUCUCAAAUUCGAAUGAGUGUUUCUAUGUCCCUUGGAGCUGGACAGAUCAUCUUCCUCGCCGGAAUAAACGCCACAGAAAACAAAGUUAGUGGCCCCUUUUUCUAUCCAUGGAACGAAUUUCCCCGUUGCACCGUAAAUAUCUUGUCGAAAGGAGCGUCAUAAGUAUACGAAAACUCUUUCUUUCCACAGGCUGCCUGUGUUACAAUAGCAGCUCUGAUGCAGUAUUUCUUGAUGGCCGCUCUCUGUUGGAUGCUGAUAGAGGGAAUAUUUCUCUACCUUUUCGUUGUGAAAGUUUACAACAUCAACAGCAAGAUGUACAUGUAUCACGUCAUCUCAUGGGGUAAGUCCAUUAUUCACAACAUACACUAGUGACUGUAACCAUGCUUUCGGAUCACCAAAUAUGAUGUUGUCAUCCAGCGAAGUUUUACGAUUUCCUUCCUUUCUCUAUGGGUAGGUCUUCCAGUGAUCAUGGUGGCCAUGUCACUUGGCAUCGCUGCUGGGAAAGAAGGGUUACAAAGCUACACACGAGUGAUAAAUAGUAAGGAAAAAAAUUCAAGGGUUUCUUCUUACUCUUCUCCUUUUAAUUUGUUGCAUUUAAUUGUUUGUUUUGUUUUUGCACAUAUUUUGAAAUUGGCAUCAUUUCAUUCGCUAAAAAUUUGUGUUUCUUUCCUGUGUUUCACUUCUUCGAGUUUAGUUGCUGGCUUUCCUCGACUAACAACCUGAUCUGGAUAUUCGUCGCCUUUGUAGCUUUCAUUGAAAUUGUGAGUUUAUGA